AUGGCCAAGAAGAGGUGGUUGCAAAUGCCUCUGCUCCCAUUCUAUGUGUUCCACUUGGCUACCACGAUAGACCUAAUUGUCGUGAGAGAUCAGCUCUACACACGAUAUCUCACGGUGAUCCUUAUACUAGCAAUUGCUGGGUGCAUACUUCUGUGUGCUUCUGCGGUGUUGAUGUUUACUGGAGGUCAGGAAAAGAACAUUGCUAGUGACAUUGAAAGCACUGCUACCGCCUGCUCGGACCAGCUUUCGCUCAACAAAGCAGCUAAAGAGAAACAAGAGGUGACGAACAAAGCCUCUCAGAAAACAUUGGUCAGAGACGCCUCGGGAAGCACGCUACAGAGCGACAGAGCGAGCCACAUAAAGAGAGAUUCGAGCUACCUAUUCGAAACAAAGAGCAAUAGGUACGGAGAGGAUCCACGAAGAUCGAAAAGUCUAGUUGAGAGCACCUAUGGGCCCACACAUCGCCCCAAAAGUUAUACAAUCUUUGUGCCCGAGAAGUCGACCCAGGACCUCAACAAGAGCGCUGAAUCUUCCAAGCAGCCCAAACGCUCGAGCAUGGUUUCUGAGCCCGAGGUCAUGCUAGCAAAAGCGCUGAUGGCGUCUCAUGCGACUCUCAACGAGUACUGCCAGCUGAACUGGAUGAGCCCGGCGCUCAGUCACUUCCCGCUGGUGCCAAUGCUUCAGGAAGCCCAAUUCUCGAGCCUCGAUGUUCACCGCUCAAAGCUGGUGGGCCAGCUCCAUGUCUCGAGACAACGGCCUUCACAAAGACGUCUGAUUGACGAAGAAAAGGCUUUUUUACAGAACGUCCACGAAAACCUUCUUCCUGCGGUGUUGAAGCAAGGAGUGUCGCCGAUUCAGAAAUCCAAGUCGAGAUUCAGUUUCGACAAGGAGUCGUAUCCUGAUUCCAAGGACGACGUAUCAUGUCCUGAUAAAAUAAUGGAGGGUCUCGAGGAAAUCCCCAUGGCAGCGUCACAGUGGACGAAGAGCAAGGGAGGCCUACGUCAGAUCUCGCUAGACGACUGGGAGAAGAAUAAGGGCCAUUGGCUCCAGCAGAAUCUCCCAGUCCACCAACCUCUGCCGCAAUCAGACCUUGGCAGUUUUGUGCUGUCUAGCGCUCCUUCUCUCCACACCUACAGAAGGAAUUCAGAGGGCAGCGCUCGCCAGCUGGUAGCAGUUUCUGAUAGAUUGACAUUGGCACCUUGCGUGACCCCCAUCCCGGCGCCUACCAUCGUUCAGUCGACGAACUCAUCCCCUAUAAAAAAAGUGUUGGGGAUCUUCCGCCGCCGUUCUUCGGAGGACAUCACUGUCCAGCAUUACCAGCAUCACCACCUGGGCUCGGUGGCUACCGCCUCUUCCCAGCCCUACUCAGCGGCUUCUGGCAAGUCACUGAAUAGAGGUCUGCCCAAGAGAGCCAUUCGCUCCUUCCUCAGGCUGCACAAGCCCUCAAGCAGCAUUUAUACCCCUAAUAAUCCUCCACCAGUUCCUGCUCCACCGCCUCCGAUCCCGAUUUUAUUCAAUAUGCCCACAGAUCCCCUCUUUCGCCAUAGCAGCGGGAUCAAGCCGUUUCGCCUCCCCUCUGACGAGUGGGCGAGCGAUCACACUCCACUGGACCAGUCGAGAGUAAGCUCUUUGCCAAGUGCAAUCAUUGGAGAGUACGACAAGGAAAAGUGGAGGAAACUCAAGGAAUUGGAGGAGGCCGUGGCCAAGAAAGAGACCACGAGCGAGAAAACGGUUGAUGCAGAGAAUACAGCACAAAAAACACAAUAG